AUGCAAGGGCAGAGGGGUACAAUUGGUUCCUUGCCUGAAAUGCUAGAUUUUGACCAUGGAAGUACAUCAAGUGAUGCUAUAGAUCAGCAGAUUUGCUGGAAUACCACACGGAAUCCUGCAGAAAAUCGGAUGCCAGACUAUGUUCAAUCGCCCGGUGAUAUGAAUGUCGGGUUUGUGAAUUCUAUGGGACAUGAACGACAGCACUUGAGCAGAUGGUGCUUAGGUGAACCUAGUUCUAGCAAUUCACAGACUGAGGUAAACCGUGAUGAGCGGAAACCAGAACUUGGAUGGUCUUCUUCAGUGGAUCCAAGUGCUGAAGCCGCUUCAAGGUUAGAGGAGCGGCGUUAUGAACCAACUAAUAACCUUUCACUGGACAACAAUGUGAAUACUAUUUUUACACAAAGUUCCAGUUCUGAUGCAAUUCCACAGAAUCUGAACUUGAAUGCAGGUUUUGCGGGUCAUGGUGGUGAUAAUAGUCAAGUCAUGGAAUGUCCGAAUACAUACAAGUAUAAUGUAUCUGAAAAUGAGCGAAUUCGACCUCCUAGUAGUUCUGAUCCUUUUAUGCUUCCUUCUGGAAGUGCUGGAUUUUUAGUUGGAGAGAAUGAUGGCAGACCAGGUUGUUCAUUGGAGGGUCGUCGUGUAUCUUGUAAAAGAAAGGCUAUUGAGGGAAAUAUAGGACAGUCUUCUGUAAGUGGAAGUUGUAGUUACUUUCAGCAUACAGAAAGUGGUGGAAGGCCUUCUAUUCCUGCUCACUAUAAUGCAGGCGGCAGCCUAAGCAUAUCUGCCCCUGCAGAACAGGGGAAUCCAAGACUUGGGGCAGGAGGGAGAGAGCUCACUUCUGACAGCCUUCCUGAUUCAAAUGCUGGAAGAAGUUCAGAAGGCUCUCAUAGGAACUUCCGUGUGAGAAUCAACCCUUCAAAUCAACAAAAUUCUAUACCCGCUGCUAGGUUCUCAACAGGGAGGGCUGUUAGGCAUUCUGGUGUCUCGUCUUCCCAGCAUUCACCAAGUCUUCUUCCAGUUGAUCAUAAUAUGGACCUGAGACCAGCACCAGCACUAGAUAAUAUGAGUUCACAGAACCAGCCAGUUGUCAUCCAUGUUCCUGCUUUGCCACAAAAUGUGCAAUCAUUAAGAUGGAGUGGAGGAGGUUCUAGCUCAAGAACUGGCAGCUUAUCCAAUUCUGUGGUUUUUGGAGACAGGGAUGCUCCACCGCGUGAAGAAGUGAACUCAAGAAGCAUGGCAAGACACAUUUUGGAUCAUCCUAUUUUUGUACCAGCAACUGAAUUGAGAAAUUCCGCUCGGCAUCCUGCAGGUGCAUCCAAUAGAAAUUUAACCGGUGGAAAUGCAAGUAUUCCUGGAAAUGUUGCUUCUUCAUCCCGGACUGGCUCAAGUUCAAGUGUUCAUCCAGCAUCUGCACCUACGUGGGUUCCUCAUCACAAUUCGCAUCCACAAUUUCCUCGAAGAUUAUCUGAAUAUGUUCGUCGAUCAUUGUUUUCUGCUACUGGUAAUGAGUCUGGGAGCCAGGGCACCAAUUAUUUGCCACUGCGUUCGGCUCCUCCAUCAUCAGCUGAGAUAGGUAAUUCAUCUGGUGCUGGUAACCAGGGUCAUCAUCAUUCUCACCCAAGGUCAGCAUCUUGGAUGGAGAGACAUGGUGAUGGUGGACUUGGGGUUCCCUAUUCGUUACGGACUUUGGCUGGUGCUGGCGAAGGAAGUAACAGGCUUGUAUCUGAGCAAAUUUGCAAUGUCUUGGGUCUCAUGCGUAGGGGUGAAAGCUUGCGAUUUGAGGAUGUUAUGAUUCUUGAUCAGUCGGUUCUUUUUGGGGUGGCUGAUAUUCACGACCGGCAUAGGGAUAUGCGACUUGAUGUUGAUAAUAUGUCUUACGAGGAGUUAUUGGCUCUGGAAGAGCGCAUCGGAAAUGUGAGCACGGGAUUAAGUGAAGAAACCAUAUCAUUUCGCUUGAAACAUAAGAAGUAUAUUGCAGUAGGAUCUCAGGCAGAGACAGAGCCAUGUUGUGUAUGUCAGGAGGAUUAUAAUGACGGAGAAGAUCUUGGAAUGCUUGAAUGCGGCCAUGAUUUCCACAGCGACUGCAUAAAACAAUGGCUGAAGCACAAGAAUUUGUGCCCCAUCUGUAAAACUACAGCCCUCGCAACAUGA